UUAUGGAAGAAGUUUAUAUGGAAGUUCAGUUCUUCAAGGAAAGGUUCUUAAACUUAAGAAGGCUCUUUAUGGCCUCAAACAAGCUCCUAAAGCUUGGUUUGACCAUUUUUACUUUGUUAUUUCUGAUUAUGGAUUUGAUUCAUGUUUAACUAACACUCCCCUGUUUGUUAAGUAUACUAAUGCAGGUAUCAUAAUCCUUCUACUGUAUGUUGACGAUAUGAUCAUUACAGGUAGUGAUGAGAAAGGUAUUAGAGAAUGUAAUAAAUUGUUACAAAAAACUUUUGAAAUGAAAGAUUUAGGUUUUCUAACAUAUUUCUUGGGUAUUGAGGUUGCAUAUUCCACUAGAAGAUAUUUUUUGUCACAAACUAAGUUUGUUGCAGAGAUCAUUGUUAAAUCAGGCAUAACAGAUGAUAAGGUCACAGAAACUCCUGAAGCAGUAGGAAAAAAAAUGAAGAUUGAUGAUGGAGUUCCAAUUACCAAUUUCACUCCUUACCGACAGCUUGUGGGUUCCUUAAUGUAUCUUAGCAUCACUCGGCCUGACAUUGCUCAUGCAGUUCAUACUGGGAAUCAUUCAUCUCAUGGAAGUACAAGAAACAACAGAAAGUCUCUCUAUCCUCUACUGAAGCUGAAUAUCGAGUCAUGGCUUCUACAACUAUGGAAAUUGUCUGGCUUCGUCAAAUGCUUCUUGAUAUGGGAACAAGAAUAGAAGAACCCACUGAUUUGUGCUGCGACAACAAGAGUUAUAUCUACAUUGCCAAGAAUCAAACAUUUCAUGAACGAACAAAGCAUAUAGAGAUGGAUUGUCACUAUGUUCGUGAAGAAUUUUUGAAGAAGACCAUCAAACUUCCAUAUGUCUCCUCUGAGUUCCAGCUGGCUGAUUUCUUCACGAAGCCUCUAUGUUCUCCCAGAUUCAACUUUCUUUUAGAUAAACUUUCGGUAUUAGCACCGUAAGUUUAAGCGGGGACGUUAGGAAAUAAGAUAUCCUGUUGAUAUCAUAGUUAGGUUAGGUUCUACAUUUUUUACAUUUUAUUUUUCUUUGUAUGUAUUUUAUUCAAGAAAUGAGAUACUAAGCUCAUAAGAAAUGGUUGCACCCUUUUCUAAAAAAAUUAAAUCAUGAAAGGAUAAAAACUUAAAAUUUGAAAAAAAGAAAGAAAUGCUAUGGUACAGACUAAGAAUGAGGAAGAUACACAAUGAUCAACGAAGCAACUGUAAAAAAAAGUCUAAAGUUGAGUAAAAAUAGUAAAUUUAGAGCUAAAGUUGAGUAAGACACAAUAACUUCAGCAAAAAAAGUAAGAUGAAGAAGGAAACAAAAAGUCAAGCCAGAAGCAAGGGGAAAAUGGAGGAUCCAUACCGCUUGGAGUACAUAAAAGCGAUUCCUUUUUCUAUGAGGAAGUUUAGGUGGCUUGUCACAUCUGCAAGAACAAGAAACAUCGGGAUCGAUUUCAGGAAGGCGGGAAGAAACGAAAGCAACAAAAACAAAAGAGAAAAACACGAAAACGAACAGCGAAUAGGAAGGACGAUGGAAGGCUCUCGGAGAAUCUCACCUCUGAGGUACAACCCCUCGACGGAAUACAAAGGAACCUCCAUGAAAUGCAGAUGCUCGAGCUGACCAUUCCUGCAGAGGUAGUAAAGCACUAGAACCCUGCGCUCUUGCCUAGACGCCCUCUUCUCCGUCCAGACCAAUGUUGUACGUAUCGUACGAUACGACCCCAUAUCGUACGAUACAUAUCGUCUCGCUUGAAAAAAAAACGGUACGAUACACCCCCCGUAUCGUAAAAAGGGGGUGUAACGGCCAUGUAUCGCAUGUAUCGUACGAUACAGGGCGAUACACCCCGUAUCAUACGAUACGGGCUAAAAACGCAAAAGGGGGCCCGAGACCUACUUAUUCGGCUUCUUUUUGAAAAUUUUCUUCUGUUCUUCAUUUCUAACGCUUGGAUAGUGUCGUGAGGGAGGGCGAUCGUUCAUUUUCACCAUGAAAAACUUGAUUUUCAUCGUCAAAUCGAAGAUUAAGUGGUCGAUUUGUGCAUGGGUGCUUGAUUUUCGUGGGAAGGAAAAGAGUUUUCUUCAUUUCAGACAUUUCUUCUUCGUAAGGUAUGAAAUCUCAUGUUCUUACCAUGUAUUCUUAAUUUUUUACCGUAUAAUCGUAGAUUGGAAGACUUUGUGUGUUUUUCAUUAAG